AGAUCCCGCCCGGAGGAAGAAGGAAGAAGGCGCGGGCCGGGGACUAGGAGGCGGAGGAGGAUUCCGAGCCUGGGAGAGAGGGGACCCAGCGAGAGAGGGUUCCCAGUGGAGCCGAAGCCUGAGUGCGCGCCUGUCUCGCUCGGCGAGGACCACGAGAUGCCGGUGCUGAAGCAGCUGGGCCCGGCGCAGCCCAAGAAGCGUCCGGAACGCGGCGCCCUGUCCAUCUCUGCGCCCCUCGGCGAUUUUCGACACACGCUGCACGUGGGGCGCGGCGGAGACGCCUUCGGGGACACCUCGUUCCUGAGCCCACUCCAGGGCCCGCUGCUGCCCCAACGCGGACCUCGAGCUGGAUGA